AUGAGUAAGCCUGCAAGCUUAAAGACAGAAGACAGUGUUUCUAAUCUGGUUAAGCCAACUUUAUAUUCUAUCUAUGACAAAGAUAUUACUACUAGUUCUACUGACUAUUCAGCAUUAAGACAUAUUCCAAAUAUAGAAACAGUAACUACCAAGAAAGAAAAGAGUUUUUACGAACAGCUUAUUAUAAUUACUUAUGCUACAAUUAUAUUAUUUAUCUUUGGUAAUAUAUUUGCGGCGCUAUCAAAUGAACUAUAUGAUAACUUGACAUUAAAGAGAGGGAUGUUAUCUGUCACGUUACAUUCUAUUGCGAAGUAUAUUAACGAAAACAUAGUACUAAUUGAUAAAAGUAUUGUAUUUGGGAUAUUAGGUAUCCUAUGUGGGUUUGUUAUACCUCUUUGCGAUAAUAUAUUUUUUUCAAAAUAUAAUUAUAAAAUGAAUAGUAGUAAUGAAUUUCAAUCCAUUUUAAAAUGUUUAAAUUCAAUUUUAGGGAUUAGUUUAGGUAUUAAACAUUUAAGAUGGAAAUCAUCAAUACAAGCUUCAUCAUCAUGGGGUUUACUUAAUAUUAUUAUGUGGUUAUACUUUGAUGGAUCAUUAUCGACGUUAACGGUUGGUUCUGUUAUUAGUUUUGUUAGUUGUAUUAUUUCAUUCAAUACAAUCACAAACGAUAAUUAUUCGUUAUUACUUUAUAUCAUGGAUUUUUAUUUCUUUAGUUUACUUAUUUUUGGUAAGAUUGGUAGAUAUCUAUUAAGAAAUUAUUAG